ACUCCUCCCGCUGGGGGGCGCGGCAGCGGGGGCCAUGGCGGCGACCGCCGCAAACCCUGAGAUGGCAUCAGAUGUUUCAUCAUUGGGUGCAGCCAUUGUAUCUGGAAACCCUGGACCUGGAGUUCAAGGUGGGGGAGCCAUCACUCAGCGGACUAUUAAGCGUCGGCCAGGGCUCGAUUUUGAUGAUGAUGGAGAAGGAAACAGUAAAUUUUUGAGAUGUGAUGAUGAUCAGAUGCCCAAUGAUAAAGAGCGGUUUGCCAGGUCGGAUGAUGAGCAGAGUUCAGCGGAUAAAGAGAGACUUGCCAGGGAAAAUCAUAGUGAAAUUGAACGUCGACGGCGGAACAAGAUGACAGCUUACAUCACAGAACUGUCAGACAUGGUACCCACCUGCAGUGCCUUGGCCCGAAAACCAGACAAGCUGACCAUCUUACGCAUGGCCGUGUCACACAUGAAAUCCUUGAGGGGAACUGGCAACACUUCUACAGAUGGCACCUAUAAACCAUCCUUCCUUACUGACCAGGAGCUGAAACACCUGAUACUAGAAGCAGCAGAUGGUUUUCUGUUCAUUGUGUCCUGUGAGACGGGCCGAGUGGUAUAUGUAUCUGACUCAGUGACUCCUGUCUUGAACCAACCACAGUCUGAAUGGUUUGGCAGCACGCUUUAUGACCAAGUGCACCCAGAUGAUGUGGAUAAGCUCCGGGAGCAGCUCUCCACCUCCGAAAAUGCUGUGACUGUUCACUCCAAGCUUCUUCCCCCCCUGCCCCUUCCAGGUCGAAUUUUGGACCUGAAGACUGGGACAGUAAAGAAGGAGGGUCAGCAGUCUUCCAUGAGGAUGUGUAUGGGUUCGAGGAGGUCAUUUAUCUGCCGGAUGAGGUGCGGUAAUAGCUCUGUGGAUCCAGGUUCCGUGAACAGAUUGAGCUAUGUGAGGAACAGGUGCAGGAAUGGGCUUGGCUCUGUGAAGGAAGGGGAGCCUCACUUUGUGGUUGUCCACUGCACAGGCUACAUCAAGGCCUGGCCCCCAGCAGGUGUCUCACUCCCAGAUGAUGACCCAGAGGCUAGCCAGGGAAGCAAGUUCUGCCUUGUGGCCAUUGGCCGAUUGCAGGUGACCAGUUCUCCCAACUGCACAGACAUGAGCAAUGUCUGCCAACCAACAGAAUUCAUCUCCCGUCACAACACUGAGGGUAUCUUUACUUUUGUGGACCAUCGCUGCAUAGCUACUGUGGGCUAUCAGCCACAGGAGCUAUUGGGAAAAGAUAUUGUGGAAUUUUGCCAUCAUGAAGACCAGCAGCUCCUAAGAGACAGUUUCCAACAGGUGGUGAAAUUAAAAGGCCAGGUUCUGUCUGUCAUGUUCCGGUUCCGGUCCAAGAACCAUGAGUGGCUCUGGAUGAGAACCAGCUCCUUUACCUUCCAGAACCCCUACUCAGAUGAGAUUGAGUACAUCAUCUGUACCAACACCAGCGUGAAGAACUCCAACCAAGAGCAACGGCCCACACUGUCCAACUCAAUCCAGAGGCCACAACUAGGCCCCACAGCUAAUCUGCCCCUGGAAAUGGGCUCUGGGCAGCUGGCACCCAGGCAGCAGCAGCAAACAGAGCUUGAUGUGGUGUCGGGAAGAGAUGGCUUGGCCAGCUAUAAUCAUUCGCAGGUCUCAGUCCAGCCUGGGUCUGCCACAGGCCCAGAGCACAGCAAGUCCCUGGAGAAGUCCGACAGCCUUUUUGGUCAGGAUAGAGAUCCAAGGUUUGCUGAGAUCUACCCCAACAUUAGUUCAGAUCAGAGUAAAGGCAUCACGAGCAGCACUGUCCCAGCUAGCCAGCAGCUCUUCUCCCAGGGCAAUACGUUCCCUACAGUCCCCAGAACAGCAGAGAACUUCAGAAACAACAGCUUGGUUCCUCCUGGGACCAUCGUCCAGCCACCAGCUUCUGCAGGACAGAUGUUGGCCCAGAUCUCCCGCCACUCCAACACCACACAGGGCACAGCUCCUGCCUGGAACCCAAGCACCCGUCCUGGCUUCGUUGCCCAGCAGGUGGCCCCCCCUCCCGCAUCCAAGACUCGGUCCCCUCAGUUUGCUGUCGGUAGCUUCCAAACACCGUCUUCCUUCAGCCCCAUGUCUCUCACUGGGGCCCCUACUGCGUCGCCAGGCACUGCUGCCUACCCCAGCCUCGCCAGCCGGGGCUCUAGCUUUGCCGCAGAGGCCGGACAGCCCACGGGACAGUUUCAGGCCCGCACGGCAGAGGGAGUGAACGUGUGGCCGCAGUGGCCACAGGGGCAGCAGACCCACCACCGAUCUGGCUCUGGGGAACAGCACGUGCAGCCACCACCACAGCAGCCCAGCCAGCCUGAAGUCUUCCAGGAGAUGCUGUCUAUGCUGGGAGACCAGGGUAACACCUAUAACAAUGAAGAAUUUCCUGACUUAGCCAUUUUUCCUUCUUUUUCAGAAUAGAACUGUUGGGGUGAGGAUUAGGGGGUGGGGGAGAGAAAUCACUUUUUGUUUUUAAAAAAAACAAAUCUUUCUGUAAACAGAAUAAAGAUACUCUCCCUUCCCCUCCCUCACCCCCAAAAUCCACCUCAUGCCCCCCCGUUGUUCCCUAUCUCCACUCACUUCCCUCUCCCUGCCCCCGGUAGAGUCGUCAGAAUUAAUGGAAUGGAUCAUCAAGGCUCUUGAGAACUUUGAAAACUGAGACCAGAUGGACUGGGGGAUCUUUUCCCUUUUUCUCCCGACCAGAGUUUUGUGCAGAGAUGAAGCUUGGAGUGUUCCAGGCUGGAAGAUACUACACAGAGACCUCUGGGUCCAGUUGCAGAGGGUUUGAUAAUCACCUUGGAUGCAGAGACUUUUUUGGACAAACUCUGAAUUGGAUCAGGGAGAAAGAAUGGGGAAAAGGAGUAUCUCUGUGUAUGAGGCCCAAGAAAGAGCAGGCACAUGGCUUUAGGAAUGGAUACAGAUAGUUUGUACUGUGUGUGUGUAAUUCCUUUAGAAAGAAACUUGUGAGAGAGAGAGAGAGUGAGUGUGUGUGUGUGUGUGUCUAUGUCUGUGUCUCUUUCUUCUGUGGCAGGGGGAUUAUGCAAACUCUGGUCCCUGACUGUGCAUGUGUCUGUGUGUCUCUGUGUGUGUGUGUUUCAGAACAAGUCCUAAAGUGUUAAUUCCAGGUAUUUUCUGCUCCAUAUUGCAGCCAAAGUGUAUUUAGAUUAACUUCUUUGCUGUGUUCACAUCUAUGCCCAGCCAGUAUGAUCAGUUGUGUAGGAGUGUUUUGUGUGGGCACCUUCUUAUUGAACAUUGUCAAUGACAGAACUGGGUCAUUCUCACUGUUGGCGGUGCUCCUCAUUUGGAGAGAACUUCAAGACAUUAUGAAAAGUGGGCUCAGGUGCUAAACUUUUUUUAAGAAACCCUAGACACAUGGCCAUAAGGACUACAAUGCAUUUUCUGUCAGAAUUAUACACUGUACAAGCACUGCGGAGAAAAUAACCCCAUGGAAACUCAGCUUCUUGGUUUGACAGCCCCAGUAAGAGGCCUUGAUCUACACUGGGCUGUGCACCUUGAUACCAACUUCAUCUCAAAAAUAAGUUUUUUUUCAAUCCCAAUGCUGCAGCCAGACCUAAACAGAAAAAAGAAGAUGACGUUUUUCCUUGUUACUAGCACACGGAUGGAAAAUGGGUCUAUAAUACUACCCUUUGUUUUCUUCCUAGCCUUUAGAGUCAAGCUGGGUCUCUUAAAAUUUUUUGCUAGAUGUAGGAAGUGUCAAGUGGGUAUAAAUAUAAUAAUACUAUAUGGCAGAUGGGUAGGAACCCUAUCAAACAGGGCUUCUUAGCAAUUAACAUAACCAUCUGAUUGAGGAUAUAGGCCAUUACUAUGGCUUUUGAGCCUUUGGUCAUAAACAGUGAAGUGACAUCAGUGGUUUUUUUUCUAUUGUUGGCUCAGGUCAGUUUUUAAUUACAAGGCUGAGUUAUUAAGGGCAAGAUGUUUUUAAUGUAGUUAUAGGUGUCUUGAAAACAGGAGGCUGGAGGGGAAUGUCAUAUUGACUUGGCCUGUCCUGUCCCCUUCCUUUCACCCUGGUACCAGAUAGCAAAAGGACAGGGAAAAGGAGAUAUUUUAUUUUUUAAAAAUCUAUGUGCACACACACAGCAUACAUGCAUUAUAUAUAUAUAUAUAUAUAUAUAUUAUAUUAUAUAUUUAUAUCACAAUUUAAGAAGCCAAAAAGUUGAGUUUCCAUUUGAAUCUGUCUUUUGAUAAUCAAUUAUUUUUAAAUGUGAUUAGGACUCUAAUAUUGUACAGUUAUUGUAGGGUGUUGGGAGGGAGGGAGAAAAGACUCUGAGGGUUUUGUUCCUACUCUUCCUUCAGGGUUUUAUUUUCAAUUGUGUUUAUUUUUCUUGUUGGCCAUCCUUUGUUACUUGGCACCCAUGUCAAGUCUCAUGGUGGCACAAAUGAUGUCAUUAUGUAGCAGAGAUUUUAAAGCAAAGAUAUUUUUUUCCUUUUUAAAAACCCUUCUGUCGUUUAGUCUUGAUUGUGACCAUAACGAUCCCUGCCCAGGUUUCUUGCAUAAUGCUUCCUGCCAAGGUAUACAGAAACAGAAAGACAUAGAUGUGCUAUGUGAUGCAGAAUGCCUUACCGAAAAAUACAUAUACUAAGACACCAAAGAUAAGAAACACAUUAUUCCCUAAGUGAGCUGCUUAUAUAAUCUGUAUUUAAAAAAAAAAAAAAACAACUUCAGGGCUGUGAUCACUCAUCUGCCUUUUGAUCUUGCUUCCUUCGAGGGAUGGGAGGGGAGGGUGCCUUUAUAUAUAGGAAAGAGUUCCAAGGAGAAGGAGAGCUCCAGAUCCUGCCUCUGUCCCAAAAUAACCUUAUUCUCUAAUGAAAAGAAAGUUAAGUAUUGGGAGACAGUCUGCUUAGGGUUGUUCUUGGUUUCCUUCUGGGACCGUCUGCUCCGUCUAGCAUGGGCUGAAGCAACUGGAAUAGAGUUUGAACUGCAGGGGAAUCUAGGAAUAGAAUCCAGCUGUCUUGGGGAAAAGAAACCAAAUGUGUUUUAUCUUGCUGGAAUCAUCCUUUUUCCUUCUCCCAUGUCAUCUGUUUAUGGAAGGGGUGGGGUUGGGGCUGAGGCAGACUCUUGUGAUCUGUCACAUGCUGGGUUGGGUGGGGGAAUGGUCUGGAAGGGCUCAUAUGACUGGCAUAUAAUAAUCAUCACAAAAUACUCAUCCCUGGAUCCAGGACUUUAAAAAAGGGAAAAUCCCUUCUACCUUCCCCUUCCCCCAUGGUCUCAUUAGUGCUUAUGGCAUUGAUUUAUGUGUUGUCAUUAUUGGAAAUACUAUGUCUGAUUCAAUUAUUUUACAUCUGACUAGUCUCCUAGGUAACAGAUCAUUUAUUUUCCGUGGAAAAAGAAGUUCUUAUAUAUAGGAAAGAUACUAUCUUGUCUCUGGGGUCAGAGGUAGAGACAUCAUAACCUGGUGAAUAACUUAUAAGAGUCAGAAAGUUUGGUGACCUGACACCAUAAAGUUGCUGAAUUUUGGAUUUUUAAGAGUUUGACAAAAUGGAUUGAGGGCUUGCCUUGGAAUCAGGAAGAUUCCAAGGGUUCACCUUCUGGUUCUGUCACAUACUAACCGAGUGGCCGUGAGCAGUUACUUAGCUUCUCCAAGCCCCAGAGAGUUCCUGAUGUGCAUCCCUGGGAGGAGUUUGCUACAUUGAUGAUAGCCCUAUUCCAAACAAAUUUAAAUCCAUACAUUGAAUGAUAAGCUAGAACUCAUAACAUUUAUCAGGUGCUUUAAAGUUUACAAAGCACUUUUAUAUAUAUCGUGUGGUUGAUUCUUACAAUAGUCCUUUGAUUGAGGUAGGUAAUCUCUUUAUUUUACUGAUGAGGAAAUGGGUUGAGAAAGGUUCAGUUAAUUGCUUUAGGUCACACACAGGGUCUGGGACUUUUUUUGGUGGGGAGACUGGUUUUGAACAUGAUUCUUCCAGACUCCCAAAUUCUUGGGAGGAUCUUAACUAUACAAGGUGCUGGGGGAGAGAAAAGAUGAGCUGCCUUCAAGAAGCUUUAAAUUAAUUUAAUCUAGUAGAAAGAGAUGUCAAUCCAUCAGCAAGUACUUUUUAAGCACCUGCUAGCCCUGUUAACAGAGGUGUAAGGCAAAAAUUAAAGUCCUCAAAGAGCUUA